AUGUCCCAGUCCGAUAAAGGACAAAAGGCGCGAGAAGGGUUCCAGCUUUUCAAAUUGAUCAUCCGAUUUCUGCCACUGUUGCUGCUUGGAUUAAUUGUCGUCUUAAUUGUGCUUCUCCUCCUGGGAUGGCUCAUCAUUCUGGUCGUCGCCGGCUUGGCUAGUCUGGGAAUCCUUUCGGUUGCCACUGCUCAUACAGUGACGAGGGUCAUUCUGGCGCCGGUGGUGUUCUUGUACAAACUAGGCUGCAAGAUAUGUCGGCGACGGCCGGCGCUCGACCCCGUCAAGCGGGCACGCAUCACGCCUCUCAGCGACGCAGAAGUGGCGAUCUUUCACACCUCGAACAAUCCUGGUCUGAAGGUGCUCCUGCUGCAGCAGCAGCAGAAAGAGGGCGGUCCCUACCUGAUGCUGGUGUAUAGCCACUACGCAGAUUACAUGCGACUUUUCGGCUUGUCAAAGUACGUUCGACAGGCUCUGCAGUCAAGUGUCGAUCAUGGCGUCGAAAACAUCCGGAAGAUGACGUGCAAUGAUGGCGAGAAGAGUGAAUGCUGGGCAUGCCGGGGACAAAUCUGUUCGGCAUGCACGACGCAUCGUGAGCUCGCCAGUCCCAGCACGUCGCACCAUCUGGACGAAUGCGAGACCAUCUGCUCACGGUGCUAUCUGGACCACCUGUGCCGCAAGUCGAAGCGAUUUAGACCCUCCAAGGACCAGCAAUGUUCGCAUCGAGCAGUGGCAAAGGAAUUAUCCACGACGCCGCCUGAGCGAGGAAUCUGCUCCUCCUGUGCGCUGGACGGAGAUGAACAUGUUGUGGCCCGGAGAUGGCGGAAAGAACUCAUGGAGCUGAUCAACAUCGAGGCGGCAAGUGUCGCGUGCUGGAUGUGCCACAAGCAUAUGCGCCCUGGUGCGCCGCGCUGGUGGAUCUGUUCGACCUGCGGCGAGGACUGUAAGAGUUCUCUGCACGCCUCUUGGGUCCAGGCCAAGCCGCGGACGCCGACACUUGAAGGGAUCCGAGAACCGACCGACUGGUGA